AGCGCGGGGGAAGGGCGAGGCUGCGGGGCCGGGCGGCGUGUGCCGGUCGUGCCGCUCUCUGGCGUCGUAGUUUAGUGGAAAAGGGAAGGGCUAGAAAAGGGAACUGAUUUAAAAUAGCCCCCGAUCCCUGCGGCGGCCGGCUCCCCGGCGGUGGCAUUGCGGGGGGCAGCGCGGCGCUGGUGCAAGCCCGGGGGGCUCGGCUGCCUGAGGGGCGGGGGGCGCUGCCCGAGCUCCGCUCGCCCGGGCUCGGGGCUUUUUUUGUGGGGAAGGGGCAGGAUGAGCCUGCGGAGUUUGGCUGGAAUUUCUCCUUCCUUUCUGAGGCGCUGCCGCUGCUGAAGCAGAUUUUUCCUUCCUCUCUCUUUUUUUUUUUUUUUUUUUUUUUUUGUCUGAUGCAGAAUCCCAGUAGCUAGGCAGCCUCCCUCUUUUCUUUCCUUCCUUCCUUCCACCCCUUCCCUAUGUAGGGAGAGGCAUCAAUGGAAAGGCUGAAAUAUGCGUAGAUGGACUUUCGGAUGCAUUUUUUCUUGAAAGAGGAAGACAAAUCCUGCUUGCCAGUGCACUCACUUUUGUUGCUGUUGCAUCGCUCGGUAAAAAUGGGGUUCACUCACUCCAGCUGAAUCCUUGGAGCAUUCCAGAGAGUUGCUGCAGUGAAGGACUUAUCCUUAAUUUUCUGCAUCAGAGGAGCUGCAUUGAUGUUAACCAUUUUUUUGUAAAAUGGAGAACGAGAUCUUCACACCCCUUCUGGAGCAGUUCAUGUCGAGCCCUCUUGUCACCUGGGUGAAGACGUUCGGGCCGCUGGCUGGAGGAAAUGGGACCAACCUGGAGGAAUAUGUGGCGCUGGUGGAUGGAGUGUAUCUGAACGAAGUCAUGCUGCAAAUCAAUCCAAAGUCUGCUAAUCAGAGGAUAAACAAAAAAGUCAACAAUGAUGCAUCAUUAAGGAUUCAAAAUUUGUCUGUUUUGGUGAAACAAAUAAAAACUUACUAUCAGGAGACUUUGCAGCAGUUGAUCAUGAUGUCUCUGCCAAAUGUGCUAAUAAUUGGCAAAAAUCCUUUUUCUGAGCCAGGUACUGAAGAAGUAAAAAAGCUCCUCCUGCUUUUGCUUGGUUGUGCAGUUCAGUGCCAGAAAAAAGAAGAAUUUAUUGAAAGAAUCCAAAGUCUGGAUUUUGAUACCAGAGCAGCUGUUGCAGCUCAUAUUCAGGAGGUAACUCAUAAUCAGGAAAAUGUGUUUGACCUGCAGUGGAUGGAUGUGAUUGUGCUGACACAAGAGUAUGUUGAGCCUCUCCUGAAAAAUAUGGCAUUGCAUUUAAAAAGACUUAUAGAUGAAAGAGAUGAGCACUCAGAGACCAUCAUCGAGCUGUCGGAGGAGCGGGACUGCCUGCGCUCGCUGCCGCACGCCGCGCCCUCGCCCUGCGGCUCCCCCGGCAUGAAGCGCACCGAGAGCCGGCAGCACCUCAGCGUGGAGCUCGCCGACGCCAAGGCCAAGAUCAGGAGGCUCAGGCAGGAGCUUGAGGAAAAGACUGAGCAGCUGCUUGACUGUAAACAAGAACUGGAGCAGAUGGAAGCUGAACUGAAGAGACUUCAGCAAGAGAACAUGAGCCUGCUGUCGGAUGCCCGCUCGGCCCGGGUGUACAGGGACGAGCUGGACGCGCUGCGGGAGAAGGCGAUCCGCGUGGACAAGCUGGAGAGCGAGGUCAGCCGCUACAAGGAGAGGCUGCACGACAUCGAGUUCUACAAAGCCAGGGUGGAGGAGUUGAAGGAAGACAAUCAGGUGCUGCUAGAAACCAAGACAAUGUUGGAAGAUCAACUGGAGGGGACCCGAGCCCGUUCAGAUAAACUGCACGAGUUGGAAAAAGAGAAUUUACAGCUGAAAGCGAAAUUGCAUGAUAUGGAGAUGGAGCGUGAUAUGGACAGAAAGAAGAUUGAGGAGCUCAUGGAGGAAAAUAUGACCCUAGAAAUGGCUCAGAAACAAAGUAUGGAUGAAUCUUUGCAUCUUGGCUGGGAGCUGGAGCAGAUAAACAGGACUACUGAACUUUCUGAAGUGCCCCAGAAAUCACUGGGCCAUGAGGUGAAUGAGCUGACAUCCAGCAGGCUACUGAAGCUGGAAAUGGAAAACCAAAGUUUGCUGAAGACAGUGGAGGAGCUGCAAGGUGCAGUGGGCUCUGUGGAAGGCAGCAGUUCAAGGAUUCUGAAAAUGGAGAAAGAAAACCAAAGACUUAGCAAGAAGCUUGAGGAGCUGGAGAAUGAAAUCAGCCAAGAGAAACAAAGUCUUCAGAACAGUCAAAAUCAGAGCAAAGAUUUGCUGAAAGAAAAAGCCCAGCUUGAAAAGACACUUGAAGCACUUCGAGAGAACUCCGAGCGACAAAUUAAACUCUUAGAACAAGAGAAUGAACACUUGAAUCAAACUGUGACUUCUCUGAGGCAGCGCUCACAAAUCAGUGCUGAGGCGAGAAUGAAAGAAAUUGAAAAGGAAAAUAAAAUCCUCCAUGAGUCUAUCAAAGAGACCAGCAGUAAGUUAAAUAAGGUUGAAUUUGAAAAAAAACAAGUCAGGAAAGAGCUGGAGCACUACAAAGAGAAAGGGGAGAGGGCAGAGGAAUUAGAGAACGAGCUGCAUCGUCUGGAGAAGGAAAACGAGUUAUUGCAGAAGAAAAUCACCAACCUAAAAAUCACUUGUGAGAAGAUUGAGGCCUUAGAACAAGAGAACUCUGACCUGGAGACUGAGAACAGAAAGCUGAAAAAAACCUUGGAUAGCCUGAAAAACCUCACUUUUCAAUUGGAAUCCUUAGAAAAGGAGAAUUCCCAACUCGACGAAGAAAAUUUAGAGUUACGGAGGACAAUUGAAUCCUUGAAGUGUACAAGCAUGAAAGUGGCACAGUUACAGUUAGAAAAUAAGGAGCUGGAGAGUGAAAAGGAGCAGCUCAAAAAAAGCCUUGAGCUGAUGAAAGCCUCUUUUAAGAAAACUGAACGCUUGGAAGUCAGUUACCAAGGCCUGGACACGGAAAACCAAAGGCUACAAAAAGCCCUGGAAAAUAGCAAUAAGAAGAUUCAGCAGUUAGAGAGCGAAUUACAAGAUUUAGAGACUGAAAAUCAGACCCUGCAGAAGAACUUAGAAGAGUUAAAAAUCUCCAGUAAGCGCCUGGAGCAGUUGGAAAAGGAGAAUAAGUUGUUAGAACAAGAGACUUCUCAACUGGAAAAGGAUAAGAAACAGCUGGAAAAGGAAAAUAAAAGGCUUCGACAGCAGGCAGAAAUUAAAGAUAGUACCUUAGAAGAAAAUAAUGUCAAAAUCAGCAAUCUGGAAAGGGAAAAUAAAUCUCUGUUUAAAGAAAUUGUUGUGUAUAAAGAGUCGUGUGUGCGCCUGAAAGAACUGGAAAAGGAAAACAAGGAGCUGGUGAAGAGAGCUACCAUUGAUAAGAAAACCCUGGUCACUUUGAGAGAGGACUUGGUGAAUGAGAAAUUGAAGACUCAACAGAUGAACAAUGAUCUGGAAAAACUGGCCCACGAGCUGGAAAAAAUUGGUUUGAACAAGGAGCGUCUCCUGCACGAUGAGCAGAGCAGUGAUGACAGUAGGUACAAGCUUUUGGAGUCCAAAUUAGAAUCCACUCUCAAGAAAUCUCUGGAAAUAAAAGAAGAAAAAAUUGCUGCUUUGGAAGCUCGUUUGGAAGAAUCAACAAAUCUGAACCAGCAGCUACGUCAGGAGCUGAAAACAGUGAAGAAGAACUAUGAAGCUCUCAAGCAAAGACAAGAAGAGGAAAGGAUGGUUCAGAAUUCUCCUCCAAGAAGUGGAGAAGAAAAUCAGUCUGUCAAUAAGUGGGAGAAGGAAAAUCAGGAGACUACAAGAGAAUUACUGAAAGUUAAAGAUAGAUUAAUCGAGGUGGAGAGGAAUAAUGCGACGCUGCAGGCAGAGAAGCAGGCGCUGAAAACGCAGCUGAAGCAGCUCGAGACACAGAACAACAACCUGCAGGCUCAGAUCCUGGCCCUGCAGAGACAGACUGUGUCCCUGCAGGAGCAGAACACAACUCUGCAAACUCAGAAUGCCAAGCUGCAGGUGGAGAACUCCACGCUGAACUCGCAGAGCACGUCGCUGAUGAACCAGAACGCGCAGCUGCAGAUCCAGCAGUCGGCCCUCGAGAGCGAGAGCGAGGCGGCGCUGAAGGAGCGCGAGGAGCUGCGGGCGCUCUACGAGGCGCUGCUCAGGGACCACGAGCGCCUGGAGCAGCUGCACGAGCGCCAGGCCGCCGAGUACGAGUCCCUCAUCAACAAGCACGGCAGCCUCAAGGCAGCCCACAAGAACCUGGAGCUGGAGCACAAGGACCUGGAGGACAGGUACAAUCAAUUGCUGAAACAAAAAGUGCAGCUGGAAGAGCUGGAGAAGGUUCUGAAGACAGAGCAGGACAAAAUGCUGCAGCAAAGUGAGAAACAUGAGACUGUGGCAGCAGAAUAUAAAAAGCUUCGGGAUGAAAAUGAAAGGCUCAGUCACACGUACAGUCAGCUCCAGAGGGAGAAUGAAGUGCUCCAAACUGACCACAAGAAUCUGAAAACAUUGUUGAACAAUUCCAAACUGGAGCAAACACGCUUGGAAGCUGAGUUUUCCAAACUGAAAGAGCAGUACCAGCAACUGGAUAUUACAUCAACAAAGCUAAAUAAUCAGUGUGAGCUGCUCAGCCAACUUAAAGGAAACCUGGAGGAGGAAAACAGACACCUGCUGGAUCAAAUCCAGACCUUAAUGCUGCAGAACAGAACUUUACUGGAGCAGAACAUGGAAAGCAAGGAUCUCUUCCAUGUGGAGCAAAGGCAGUACAUCGACAAACUAAAUGAGUUGAGGCGGCAGAAGGAGAAACUGGAGGAGAAGAUAAUGGAUCAGUACAAAUUUUAUGAGCCAUCUCCACCAAGAAGGAGGGGCAACUGGAUCACGCUGAAGAUGAGGAAGCUGAUCAAGUCCAAGAAGGACGGGAACCGCGAGCGCCUCAAGUCGGUGACGCUGACGCCCACGCGCUCCGAGUCCAGCGAGGGAUUCCUGCAGCUGCCCCACCAGGACAGCCAGGACAGCUCCUCUGUGGGCUCCAACUCCCUGGAGGAUGGGCAGACCCUGGGCACCAAAAAGAGUAGCAUGGGUGCACUGAAAAGACUGCCCUUUUUGAGGAACAGACCGAAGGAAAAAGACAAAAUGAAGGCCUUCUACCGUCGCUCCAUGUCCAUGAAUGACCUGGUGCAGUCCAUGGUCCUGGCAGGAGGACAAUGGACAGGUAGUUCUGAGCAUCUGGAGGGUCCUGAUGAUAUAUCCACGGGUAAAAGGAGGAAGGAAUUGGGAGCUAUGGCCUUCUCCACUACAGCUAUCAACUUUGCCACUGUCAACUCCUCCACAGGCUUCAGAUCCAAGCAGUUGCUAAAUAAUAAAGAUACUACAUCCUUUGAAGAUGUAAGUCCACAAGGUAUUAGUGAUGAUUCUAGUACAGGAUCAAGAGUUCAUGGAGUACAGGACUUUAUCUGUGCAGAUGCUCUUGCUCCUCCUGUCCGUGGCAUUCCAGCCCUGUGCAGGGUUCCCUGUCAGAUCUGUUCUUCCAGACCAGCCAGCCUUGAUAGUGGCAGGACAUCCACUAGCAAUAGCAAUAACAAUGCUUCACUCCAUGAAGUCAAAGCAGGUGCACUGAACAGCCAGAGCAGGCCCCAGAGCCACAGCAGUGGGGAGUUCAGCCUGCUGCACGAGCACGAGGCCUGGUCCAGCAGCAGCAGCAGCCCCAUCCAGUACCUGAAGGGACACAGCAGAGGCAGCCCUGUGCUCCAGCACAGGACACCUGAGAGCUGUGGCAAACACACCAAAACAGGCUCCCCUGGCAGUGAAGUGGUCACCCUGCAGCAGUUCCUGGAAGAAAGCAACAAGAGUAACUCCAGUGAGAUGAAGUCUGCGAGCGAGGAGAACCUUUUGGACGAGGUGAUGAGGAGCUUGUCGGAGUCGGCGGAGCUGGCAGGGAGGGAGAAGCUGCGCAAGCAGCCGGGGGCUGCCUGUGGGAUCGUCAGGUCCCUGAGCGUCAGGAACACGGGGGAUUUCUCAGAUGGACGGUCCCUGAAGGCAGAGCAGCUGGUGAGGCCCGGCCUCAGGAAGGCUGAAGAUCUGUGCUUCAGCAGCUCCCCCAUCAAGUUCACGCCCGGCGCCCCGGGCAAGGCGCGGUCCGUGAAGGAAAAGAUACAAGCGACUGUGAGCCAGCGACAAUCCAGGGACUGCAACCCCUACGCCACCUUACCUCGUGCCAGCAGCGUGAUUUCCACGGCGGAAGGAACCACCCGAAGGACCAGCAUCCACGACUUUUUGUCCAAGGACAGUAGGCCGCCCGUGUCCGUGGAUGCAGCGCCGGCCCCGGCCGACAGGAGUGCUCCGCCCAGCUCCAGUGAGUACCCGGCACUGCGGGUGUCCUCUCCCUGUGUUCACUGUGUGCCUGCCGGGGGGGAGGCAGCUCUCCCGCUCGCACCACGCCCUGCGGGAGGCGGCUGCGAGCUUCCCAAGCCUUCCAGGCUGGAAAGGCCAGGUUGUCGAGAGAGGACUGUGCCGAGCGCGCGCGUGUUCUGGGAUAAGGGCAGCGGCUCCGGGAGCGGCAGCGCCGGUUCCUUCGCUGCGCCCCAGCCCUUCCUGUCCCUCAACACCGAGCUAGUCAGCAAUAUCAGCGGGCUGCCCCCGAGACCCGCCUCCAAAGCAGCUGAUCAGGCCAGCGUGUCGGCCUUCAGGUCGGUGCUGAGGGGGCAGGAACAGCCUGGUGCUGCUCCGAAGGCACCGGGAGACCCGCGGGCAGACGCUGUCCCUGCCCCCGGCGCCAGCGAGCCGCAGCCCCCGCUGCUGGUCUCGGAGGAUAACCAGACCCUGUGGUAUGAGUAUGGCUGUGUAUGAAAGCUGUGUUGUUACAUAUAUAUAUUUAUGUGCCCAACAUGCCAUAGAGGUGUUCUCCACGUCCGCUGGAUGAGAGAGGAAACUCCCUUCCAAUGAAGGAAUGCUUCUGGUUUAUCCGCGGGGCUGCCGUUCCCUGCGGACUGUGGCAUGUUUGAAUGUGGAAUUGUAACCCCACCAAAGCCUGCAUGAAACAUUAAUUGCACUGUGUAUAUUUUGCAUGCCUUUAUAAUGCAAGCUCUUAUUUUUAUUUGUCACGCAUUGCAAAUGUUUUGGUGUUUUUCCUGUUGGUUCCUGCUGCAUGUUAAAGCGAGCGCAUGGGAACAGCAUUCCUGGGACAAGGACAGCACUGCCAGUGGUGCUCCAGCUCUCAGCUCUCAUCAUCUGCUUGGAGAGAAAAACCUUUUUUUUCCCCCUCUUCUUUCACAGAAAGGAACGUUUGGAGAGAUCUCAGUCUCUUUACCCUUUGUAAAUGCACGAGGAGCAGGUGCCAAUAAUCCAAGUAAUUCAGUGCCUCUAGUUUGCACAGUAAACCUUAAUUACUGUCCAUACUGAGUAAUAAACACACAGACCAUUCAUAAUCCUGAACAGAAAUGAUAAUUCUUACAAAGAGGUGAUAAGUAGUCUCAUGAUGCACAGCACUUGUCAUGAAAAAAUGACCUUUUCCACCUUUUCCCUUUGGUCUGCUUUGUCUUUCCAGUCGUGGGUGCAACUGUGAUGAAGUGUUUGCUUUUAUCAGGGGUCAAAUAACAGGCUCCUUAUGAUGUACAGGAAUAAAAAACUGCCUUGAGUACGGUGGAAGUUCAUUUUUUCUUGCCAACGGGAAGUAAAGAACAAAUGGUGUAACAAAAUAACAGAAAAUGUUAAAUUAACAGUUAAAUAAAAGAAGAAACAACAAAGUUGCUUGCAAGGUUAUGGGAGGAUAUGAAUUCUUCAGCAAAUAACUCAUUGAAUUCCAGAUGAGCAGCUAAAGAGAAAUGCUGAAUUAAUUGAAGUGCCACUGUUUCUGCAUGUACUUGAAACUUCUCAAUGGUAAAUUUCAACAGAGUUUAAAAUUGUGUCAUAUUUAAGCUAAAAUUACAGGGCUUUGGACACAAGCACUUCUUUGCAAGAGGACAUUGGUUGUGCCAGUUGUGGGAGCUAAAAUACGUUACCAAAAACUUGAAUGACAGUUUAGCUAGAGGGAAAAUAAUUCAAAUUGAAAAUAUGUAUUGAAAGCAACAAAUGUCACAUUCCAUUUUGUACAAUUGCAUUUGUUCUGCCAGCAGUUUUGUGGCAGUCUCAGAACCACUGUGUGGGCUGAACUUUUAAUUCCUUAGUGCUUAAUUAGGGAGGGGCAGUGAUUCCAUAGCUCCCCAAGGAAGAGCAGCAGAUAUCCCAUGUGGGAGUCUGGAAGAGCUCUGUUUUCUAUGGGAUGGGAAGCCCUGCAUUUCAGGAGCAAGGGGAGGGUAUUGAAUGUUUGUGGAGAAUAAAAUGGCUGUUUGGGGUUGUGACACUGUCCUUCCCCAGGUCUGCACAUUGGGCUGAUAAAUCUCUCGCCCUUCCCAGUGCUGGGUCAGUUAUUGCUGUGUUCCCUCUGGAACUAUCUCAGCAGCAAAAGACUGAGAAAUCUGAGAUAUAUAACCUUAAUUUCACACACAUUGACUGUCACAGAGCAAGACCAGUGUUGUGGGCUUGGGUCAUGCUAUUUGACUCCAGUUAAUCUGCAUUUAUGUUGGGAUUAGGUGGGAGGUGAGAGCACUGAUAUCCCAAGCAAUGUGUGCACAUUUUGCAGUUAUUUAAGGAAUUACAAUCCUAGCUCUGAGAGCACUUAGUACAAACGCACCUGUGCUGCCAGGGCCUGGUUUUUGCUCCCUGUGCCCUGCAGAGACAGUGGGCAGAACAAGGUGCAGCUCUGGCUGCAGGAGCCUGGAGUGCUGCUGCCUCCUCUUGCUCAGGUCCUUAGACAGUCACACCUGCAAAAACUUGCAGUAUUGUCCCUCUCACACCCCAAGGGCUUUGGAAUAGCCAAGCAUGAGUGUCCUGGAGCACUAGUGCCCCCAAUCUGCUGGAGUUGGAGACUAACCUUGUCCAGCUCAAGCCACUCUGCACUGCUUUAUAAAUGUGCAAUGAAUUGCAUUUCAGUUCUGAGUUUUGCUCCAGUGAGUUGGGCAGCAGCAGAAGUGUUCUGCAAGUGAGUGUUUAAUGGCUCUGAGUAAUGAUUUAACCAACCUUUGUUUGUUACAUAUGAAAGAAAAUGUUGUCAUGGACAGAAGGAUCUUGUUUUUUUUCUCCACUUUUUGGUCUUUAACAAGAACUUCAUGGAUGUCUAUGUUCAGAUAGUGGAAGGUUCCAUGGGAUUCUUCCCAUUCCCAAAUCCCUGCUUCUCCUCAUCCAUGUGCAUGGCAGGCUGUGAAACACAUGGAGCUCUUGCUCAUUCCUUGUGCUGAGUUUGGACUUUGCAUGACCCUGAUGAACACUAAAUGUGUGGCUGCUGCCCAGGAAGGUUUUGUUGUUCAGGCUCAGCCCUUUGCUCACAGCUGAGGUUUGCCUGGCUCAGGGUUUGCCUGGUGCUUUGCUUUCAGUGACUGGUGCAUUCAGAUGCUGCAUUUUGCAUGUUGGGGCUGUUGCAUGCAAAGGCAGUUUUGUGGUUUGUGGAACUGAAUGUGAACCUCUGUCAGUGUGCAGCAGGUCAAGCUACAGUGAAGAGUUCUCUGCUGGGGUCAGUCAGCUGUGAUUGCACCUCACUGUUGCUUCUGCUUUCCAUUCAUGCAGAAAUGCAGGGUUGGUGCAGCUAAAGGUGACACUUGCCUGACUGUGCCUUUGUGAGUGACACCUGGCUGCUGUAAACGCUGAGGUGAAUGUCAGUGAGUGUAGCUGAGCAGGCACUUGCAGUGAGUUUCUUCUGUCCCUCUCCUCUGUCCUUUCCUCUUAAAAGCAACCAGAAAGUGUUUAUGUAUCCUUUUGCUCUCCUAAUGAGUAGAAUGUGUUUUGAUGCAUGAGGGUUUUUUUAUUAUUAUUAUUCAUGUCCUGAUAAACACAAUGAAUAACCUGAAAUGCUUUUCUCUGCAGAUGUGGAAGCUAUCCCAGAAAGCAGAAAUUCAAAAAGCAGGUCUAGGGAGCAACAAAGCUCCUAAUUCUAUUACCCACUACCUGAGCUGUGGGCCAAGUGGUGAGUUUCCUGCCCAGCCUGUAAAUGAGAUGAAUUUCAUUUACAACAAACUAACAGCAUUCCAUCUCAGCCCCAGAGCACAUUGCAUUAACCAGAUGUAAAUCCUGCUUGCUUACCUGCCUUCUGUUUUACUCACUCCUUAGGCCAGGAGGGUGGCUCUCCAGAGCUUCUUCCAGAGGCAGGGAACCUCAUCCUGUUUAGCCUCUAAAAUUGACUUUUAUUUUUAUUUUUCCAAUCACCCGAAGAAAAAAGUUGAAAGAAACCCCAUUAAGAAAUAAUACUGAAGUCAGUUUUUAGACAGGGACAGGUAAAUCUGAAAAAUAAGUUGAACAAAACUCAGAGUAUUCAGUACCCCACAGAAUCUGCCUUUUUUAUAAAGCUUGUUUUUGGUGUUCUCUCCUCUUCUUGACUUCCCUGAGGCCCUUUGGUGCAUGCUGUUAGUGCUGUUAGUGACUGAACUCUGUGUUGUGCCUCUACACCUGAAGCUUUUUCUUACACUCUUUUCUCUUUCUGCCUUUCAACUGCACACAGAGAGAAAAGUGUCCUUCAGUAUCUCAGUGUGAAGCCUUUAUAUCUGAAGUAACAAGACAGCGACUGUAGGAAUCAUUAAUAAAAAUUAAGGGAAUUUUUUACAUUCUUCGUGACUAGAGCAGGCAAGAAAUAAAAACCUACCUACCUACCUUCCUUCCUUGAAUCAAGGAGCUCUACUGGAGUCUACUGCCGAAAAUGUGUAGAUGGUCUUAGGAAUUAUUGCACAUUGCACUGUUAAGAUCUACUGAAUAAAGGACAGUUCUCAUCUCCCUAAGGACCAAGGAUUUUAAGGUCUCAAGAAUUACUCCAGGGAAAAAAAAAAAAAAAAAAAAAAAAAAAAAAAAGCAAACAAAAAGCAAAACUUCUUUCAUCUUCUGUUUUUGAAAUUAGCCACUGAUUUGCUUAAGCUUCUGCUAAUAAUUAGCCAAAAACCCCCCAAACUAGCAGUUUCUAUUUACGUCUGUAAAUCUAAAGGAAAUGCUGUAGAGUUUUGUUGAAAUGGACUGUAUAUACAGAUACAAAAACCUCACAGCUACUGGCACUUCACUGCCUUAUUUGGUUAGCAUAAUCUGCAUGAAAUUGCUCUUAAGAAAGUUGAUGCUGAUUUUUGUUGCAUACUGCAAGAGAAAAAUUUGUUUACAUCCAUGGAAAAGCUCGGUAACAGAAGUGGGAGUCAUGGGAUAAUGGUAUUAUAGAAACAUUGUUUGUCCUUUGUGUUUUUCACAUUCCCAAGUUACUCUGCAUAUGUAUGUUCAGAUGUUUCUGACAGGAAACUGUCUGGUUUUUUACAACUUUUAUUUUAAUAUAAGGCUGUUUUCCACAAAUGCCAUUUCCAGGAUAAGACUGUCUUACAAUGUUUGUGUAUUGACUAAUUUUUUAUUUUUUUUUUUUACUGUUUGUCUUUUGACAUGAGCUGAUUGUGGCUUAGGAGGUUUCUUGAUGGCAAAAAGAAAUGUAAAUAAUAUCAUAUGCAUUUUACAAUCAGUUCCCUCUAAGGUUAUUUUUUGCUAGAUACAUUUUGUUCAUUAUUGAUUUAUAUUAAAGUUGACAAAUGUUAUUGGUACAUUUGGUGGUUGCAUAUAUUUGUCUGGAAAGAUUUGCAGCGAGCUCAGAGGAAGUGGACAGGAACUGAGACCCAAAACGAGUGGUUCUAUUUUAUUAAAGCCAGUAAGCACAUUCCUUUCCUCAUGUGAAGGGUUGAGUUCCCUGUGUCACCUCCCAGUGUCC